AUGAACCCUCCUCCCGCUGAACUCCAGCCGCAGGAAAUCAACCCCAACUGGACCAGCGCAAAAGAAACCGGUAUUCAGCUGCUGAACAACCGCAGAGCCAAGAUCACCCAAGCCGGGAAGUAUUCCGAACGCUGCGAGUACGCUUUCUCGCACGAUCCCAACUCCGGCAAGUACCCCUUAACAGCCCAGUGUCGCGACACCAUGGAAAUGUACCGCAAAGCCUCCAAAGGGGGCGAUAUACCCUCCAAAAACCUCACCACUGAGAAGAUGAGGCUCGCCAGCAACGCCAAGAGCAACGCCACGAACGAUCUCAACAAGCAGGAGAAUGCCCUCAUAGGCUACAAACCCCUACUCCAAGGCACCACUCGCCUACCCUUAUCCUCCUCCCCAGUAAGCGUAGCCAGAACCCCCAAGUGGCCCAAGAAGAACCUCAAUAUCUACAGCGUCACUCCUGAUGGGGACAAAACUCCCCCGAGUAGUCCAGUCACUACCCCUCCGGGGUUCCCUCCCAAGAAGCCUGUAACCCUCAGCUCUAUCCUGAACGGUCCCAGUUGCCCAGAUAAUACCAUGGAACACUUGCAGACCAUCGAAAACAUAAUAAGCAAAUUGGACGAGAAUGAAAAGCGAGAGGAGAACCUAAAGAAGUUCGAGCUGAUGUUGAAGAAAGUCACCCAGAAGCCUGCUGAGCCUGCUAAGUGCGUUCGAGUGCUGGAAAAGCCUCCGCUAAAGCCUCAGCAGGAUGCUGCCAAGAAGUCCGACAACCAUCUGGGGUCGCAGGAGGCUCUCAAGAAGUCCGACAAGCAUCUGAAGAAGUCCGAUAAUCGUCUGGAUUCGCAGGAGCACCUCCUCCAUCCCAUCAAGCACUGCAGCGAGGUGGAGGACUUGCCUGCCAGAGGGUUGAAGGAGGAGGAGAGGGCACCCCUCAGGGAACCCCAAAGGUUCAGCAGGGACGUGAAGGAGAGGAAGAGCAUGGAGAAUAGCUCCAAGGAGGGGAAAGUUAGGGCAAUCCCCGGGCAUCUCAGCAGAACGGCUUCGGAUGCGCAGGAUAGUAGGGGUGUGACGGUGGUGAGGAAGCAGACUAGGGUGUCGAGGGAGAGGGAGAAGAAAGCCAACGACAGCUCGUCGGAACCGACUCGGCCCAGUUCGGCGUCGACCCGGAACCGGCCGAGGAUCGGCGACGAGCCGACGAUCGGCAAGUACAAGCUGCUGAAGACCAUCGGCAAGGGCAACUUCGCCAAGGUCAAGUUGGCCAAGCACGUGCCCACCGGCAAGGAGGUGGCCAUCAAGAUCAUCGACAAGACGCAGCUGACGCCCGGAUCCCUGCAGAAGUUGUUCAGAGAGGUGAGGAUAAUGAAGAUGUUGGACCAUCCGAACAUAGUGAAGCUGUUCCAAGUGAUCGAAACCGAAAAGACUCUGUACCUGGUGAUGGAAUACGCGUCUGGAGGCGAAGUUUUCGACUACCUGGUCCUACACGGCAGGAUGAAAGAGAAAGAGGCCCGCGCGAAAUUUAGGCAAAUCGUGUCGGCAGUACAGUACUGCCACCAAAAGAGGAUAAUACACAGAGAUUUAAAGGCUGAAAACUUAUUGUUGGAUAGUGAAAUGAACAUUAAAAUAGCCGAUUUCGGGUUUUCGAACGAAUUUACUCCUGGCAACAAAUUGGACACGUUUUGUGGAAGUCCACCGUAUGCGGCACCUGAACUUUUUCAGGGCAAGAAAUACGACGGCCCCGAAGUGGACGUCUGGUCGUUGGGCGUCAUCCUCUACACCCUCGUUUCCGGCAGCCUACCUUUCGAUGGCUCCACCCUCCGGGAACUCCGGGAACGCGUGCUGCGCGGCAAAUACCGCAUCCCCUUCUACAUGAGCACCGACUGCGAGAACCUGCUCAAGAAGUUCCUCGUGCUGAAUCCGGCGAAAAGGGCCAGCCUGGAGACGAUCAUGAAGGACAAGUGGAUGAACCAGGGGUACGAGAAUGACGAAUUGAAGCCCUACAUCGAACCGGAACAGGACAUGAGCGAUCCGAAGAGGAUAGAGGCUCUGGUGUGUUUGGGUUUCAACAGGUACGAUGUGGAGAAUUCGUUGGAUUCGCAAAAGUAUGAUGACGCCUUCGCGACGUAUCUGCUGUUGGGAAGGAAAUGUAUAGACCCGGAAAGCGACGGCAGCCGCAGCGGUAGCAGUCUAUCCUUAAGAAACAUGUCAGGGCAGCAGCAGACCGCCCCACAGCCCGCCGUUCAGAGCCCCCAACACAGGGGCGUGCAUCGUUCGAUAUCCGCAACGCAUACCAAACCUAACAGGAGGGCGUCCAGUGGAGGUGGAACUAUAGGUGAGACGUUGAGAACGGGACCCCAACAACAAGUACCUGCGGCGCAAAGCAACAACCACCAAUCGGGUUUCAAAAGACAAAACACGGUCGACAGCGCCACCAUCAAGGAGAACAGCGCCAGACUCAAUGCCAGGCCUGCCAGUGCUCAACCAAAAACCGCCACGGAUAAUAGUAUACAAGCUGCUAACAAAGCUCGAACGGUAUCCAAGAACACCGCUUUAUCUUUAGGAACCACGGUAGGGCGCAGGUCUACCAUAAGUUACGAUGGAAAAUCAGACAGCACGGAGAAAACCAAUUUGGCCGUCGAUCUACCAGGCCGCCCGACCGGAGCUUCUCCUGCCCCCGCCGCCCGCGCCUCGCAGCAGCAACCGGCGGCGGCGGCGUUCCCCCGCAACGCCUCUUCGCGCAGCACGUUCCACUCGGGGCAGACCAGGCCGAGGGCGACGUACGCGCAGGGCGGCGGUCCGGGCGGCGAUUCGCCCCACGGCCGGCCCUCGUUCUUCGCCAAGUUCAGCCUGAAGGGGUUCACCAAACGAGCUUUAGAGCCAGGUCAGCAAGUGAAACAUGGCAACUCACCUUUACCUGCACUAGGCUCUCGCCCUUCUGACUCGAUCUCGUUCCGCAGAGCCCCGGGGGGCGUCGGGGGCCACCCCCCGAACGAGGAGCACGUCAAGCCCCGCUCCCUACGAUUCACCUGGUCGAUGAAAACAACUUCGAGCCGGGAUCCUGGAGAGAUCAUGGCCGAGAUCAGGAAGGUGCUCGAUGCGAACAAUUGCGACUACGAGCAACGGGAAAGGUUCCUGUUGCUUUGUGUGCACGGAGAUCCGAACACGGAUAGUCUGGUGCAGUGGGAGAUCGAGGUGUGCAAGCUGCCGAGGUUGUCGCUGAAUGGUGUUCGGUUCAAGAGGAUUUCAGGCACCAGCAUCGGUUUCAAGAACAUUGCUAGCAAGAUAGCGAACGAACUGAAGCUGUGA